GUUGCUGCUGCAGAGUUGAGCAACAGCAAAUACGGUUAUUUGGCACAGUCAGACAACUAGUUGGUGCUACGUGAUUAUUUGUCUUCACCGUCAUGGAGUCCAUGGAGAAAAAUCACCGCUCCCUAUCAUUAAUGUGUUGUGUCCUUGUGUUGUGUGUUCAGCUGCAGCUUGGCUUGACGGGAGACUGCCCGGCAGAUGGACGCACCUGGGUGCCAUUUGGAGAUGGCUGUUACCACUUUGUCCACGGAGCAGAAGACACAAUCAAAAGCUACACUUUUGACAGAGCGAAAACCCUCUGCCAAGGAUUUGAGCUUUUGACCAUCCAGAGCGCUGAGGAGAAUGACUUUGUCAUUAAAUAUAGCCCAGAGGUGUGGAAAAACAAUGUCAACGUUUGGCUGGGAAUGUAUUAUGACACAAACAGUGAUAACAUGAAGUGGUUCGAUGAGAAACCUGUAGGAUUCAGUAACUGGGAGGACAGCUCGUCUCCUUCAGACCUCAUGCCCUUGGAUACAUGUGUGGCUCUGCACAGCAACACAGGAAAGUGGGAAAAUGUCAGCUGCCUGGAACAUGCGGAGAAUGGAGUCGUCUGUGAAACAGAUCAGAAGGCCGAGGAAUCCAAGCGGAAACCCAGCACACUGCUCUCCGCCCUGGUCAUUCUCAGCGUGGUGGCGAUCAUGGGAGUCUCCGCAGUUAUUUGGUUUCUGCACCAGAAGCACAAUCUUGGCUCCUCUCUCUUCACGGCGUUCGAGUACCACCCUCCGUUCCGAGUGCUGGACACGGACCGGUCCUGCCUGGUGGAGGCUGAGGAGAAUGACAGCGUGCCAUAAGAGAACUUUCUGUCUCUUUUCCACAACAGGAAGCACCUCCUCACUGGGUGGUUGUUCAUGCAUAGAGAAGUCCACUCUGUUACUGAAGUAGUUGUGGGUUAACACGUAUCAAUGUCAAAACUCAGAAUAAUGUAGUGUGAUCGUAAGGAAACUGACAGCAGGCUUACUCUAAUACUAGCAUCUCACUGUGGCACAUAAACAUCCCACUACUUCUGCUUUUUUGUCCUCUGCACUAACGAAGAAUCAGCUGUACAUUUUUCAGAUUUGUGCAUCAGCAGCUGUAGCCGCCUGGUCUUCAUGUCAUGUGUUAUAACAUCAUUAUCAGGCACUACACAUUUCUCUGAUAACUUUUGGGAUAAUUACUUUACUUUUGCAUAAUAAAAAGUAAUUUAGUACUGCUCAUUGAAAGAGGGCGGGAUUAAAUAAAGAGCAAAGCUUUCAUACUUUUUCUGAGCAGGCAGAAAUGUUCAGUGAUUUUUGUAUUGCUUUGCCGUGAACUUUGGGAACUAAUGAGGGAGAUUGAAAUAAGAAUGGUCAACUGAUGCACUGAUUCACUGCUGGAUUCUACAUGUCGUACAUAAUGCAACCAAUCGCAUGUUUCUAUUAGAGUCUAAUAGAAACAUGUGAUUUACCAAGCAGGGAGGGUUUAAUAAUUAGACCCUCCCUGCUUGGUAAAUGUUCAUGUCUGUCCCAGUUUAAGCCGUAUUCAAAGAAACAGGAAUUCUCAAUCGCAGGCUGACAAGGCCACGCGUAAACAGCUUGAGCCCAACAAACACGCAGCUAUAGUUUGAGCAACUGCCUCGUUUCUCCACGUAUGUAAAUGUAGUUUUGCACUUUCGUGAAGCAGAUUCUUUUCCAGGGAAAAUUAAUUUUUUUAAUGGAAAGCCGUCCUAAACCAAUAGUGCCAGAGAACGUCCUUCCUUAUUCCCUUUGCAUUCGUUCUUUGGCUUCAGUUUUUAUUGUGACAAGGUGCGAGAUUAACCAAAAUAUAGCCAGUAGAGCAAAGUUAAUGAAUCACACCACUGAUGUAACUGUCUUCAUUCAUUCCAGAAUAUUUAUAUUAAUAAUUUACAUUCACAGUUCCUCCAUCCUUUAUGUACUGUUUAACUGGUCAAAAGAUACAAUGUGUAUUUUUUUUGUGUUUCCUUGCGGCCCCAUGAAAUCCAGUCUUGGCAUUAUUAUUGCUUUAUUUUUAAGAGAGCGGCGAUCCUUUUAGUGUCGGAAAUAAUAAAUCCUCCUUUGAUAUUAAAGACAAUCAAUAGUGAAGAAUGAUGAGACUUUAUUACAUUGUGUAAAAUACCCUUCUUAAUACUGUCGUAUACUUUUAACAACAUGAAUGCUUUUGCUUUUGAAUAUUUGAGAUUAGUUUGGCAGGAUCCGAGCCCCUGUGUGCUUUUCAUAAUAAAGUAUGUUUGAUUAUAA